UUGCAGAACUGCUGCUUCUCAUCGUGCUGACUGAUCUUUAAACAAAGAGUUCCUCUUUUCGGUGAAAAAAAAACCCAGUACAGGAAAUGACACAUCAAGCCUUUCUUUUGUAUCUAUUCCUUUCUUUCUUAGCCAUGAUCAGUGCGGAAGAAACAGAAAGGGGUUCAUGCUACCGGAUAGCUACUGGAGCGCUCGCUGGUGUGGUGAUUGGUGACAUCACACUUACAAUACUGAUUGUCUCUGCUACAUAUUACUGUGCUAGUAAGCGCAGAAUCAAAAAGGAAAAGGCUGAUAAAGUCUACAUGAAUGUCAGAGCCAACUGCAAGAACUAAAAGGAAUUGAAGAGGAUGAAGAACUGAAAUCAACUCUGCCAUAAAACAGCUUGUGUGUUCACACUCUUUUACUUUUUACACCGUAAGAUAUUUAUUUGGGCUGUAUGAAUCUGUUUAGCAAAAUGUUCUACAAUUAUAGUAUCUAGAUGCCUUUGUGUUAUUUAUAUGUAUUAAAUGUUACCCAAUGCUUUGAGUGAUUCUCAGUCCCAAUUAUUAGUUAAAAGGAAUUUUUAUCUUAAUUUUAUUCAAUUCUAUUGGUCUGUGUUAAGCUAAAUGUUUAAUGCACACCUCAUGUUUAAUAAAGAAAGAAAAGAGAUUUCAGCGGAAUCUCUUAGGCAACUAAAAUUUUUUUUUUUUUAAAAAUUCUCACUUAUUCUUCAAUCUUAUUUAUCUAAUUUGUUUUCAGUUUGUUUAUUAACAACAAUAGUUUGCAUCAUACAAAACUAUACAAAACUCUUCAAUAACCGUCAUGAACCUUAUGAAUCUUGAUCUGUUUACGAACGUUUAUUUAACUACGGAACCACCACGGCUUUGUAAAUGCUCUUUUCCCAGAGCUUAAUUGUCCUCUCUCAGUGGUGCUAGAUGUGAUAAAGCAGUGAUAAAGCAUAAAGAUCAUGGCCUUUCUUAAAGGUUGCUGAAGAAAGUGUUUUUUAGAACCUGGCAAUCAAAAAGUCCAACUAGCUGUGGCCCAAACACCUGGUCUAUCUUAAUUCUCUCUCAUUUUAUCUGUCAGUAAAACCUUUAAGAAAUCAGACUUCAUGUAUAGGUGGUCAAGUUUCACUCUUGACACCUUGAACUUCUGGACACUCCUGGAAGCUUGUAGGUCUGAAAUAUGGUGGUGUCGGAGAGACUAUCAGAUUCUUUUUAUUCAAUGUACAGUCUUUUGCAGUCAACUUGCACCCUUUCUACUCCACAAGUUUUUGUACAUAAGUAUACAAAGUUUGCCUGUCUAUUUUCCUGGUGUAAAGAUGCCACCUGAUAAUUAUGUACACCUCAUACAGGGUGUUAAUCACUUAAAACAACACAGUUUAAAUAACUUAAAGCUUCUGUACAUUUGCAUCAUGUGAAUCAUUUUACGCUCAUGAAUAAAUGUAUUUCAAUCACA